UAUGUUUUUUUGGUGCUAAGAACGUCAGGAAUGAUUCUCGUAAAACAAAAAAGUUUUGUUGCGCAUUUAACUGCGGUUUUAACUUGCAGUAACUCCUUUUACUGCCGCACUUUGACAUGUUUUUUACUUUAUAAAUCAUAUUGAUUGCAACGUAACUACUUAUAUUCAGAAAUAUGAGCAUACAAAAGAACAGUAGCUGACAAUUAAAGCCGAAAGUACAAUUUAUUAAUAUUAUCACAAGCGUAUCAUGUCUUUUUAUGACGGUAUUACAAAAAUUAUAUUUGUUUGGUAAAUACAGAUUGUCGCCAGUUGUAAAGAUAUCUAGAAAAUUAGCAGCAAAACCACAGUUGUACUGUUAAACUGUGUAGAAUUAUGUUGACUGGAAGAGGACCAGUUGGGACUCAUGUGACGCGAGAAAAGAAGAACAUACAUCGAAGAAUGAUCAAGAAAAACGGCCUUUGUAACGUAAAACAGCCGAGAUCUCAUCGCCAAAGAUUCUUCGUUCUUAGUUACGAAAAACUAGUGGAUUCCUCAUGGACUACCACCCUGUCCAUUUUCCUAGCCGUUCUCUUCCUUAGCUGGACGUGCUUUGCAAUCUUCUACUGGCUGAUCUGCUUCACUCAUGGCGACUUCGAACCAAAUCACUUACCGGAGGUGCAAAAAAUCAACCAUUAUAAACCGUGUAUUUAUGAUAUGAGGGGCUUUUCUUCAGCAUUUCUGUUCAGCAUGGAAGCUCAGCACACCGUCGGAUAUGGCAUCAAGGCUCCAACUGAUCAAUGUGCAGAGGCAAUUUUUGUUAAUUCCAUCCACUGUAUUAUAGGUUUUAUUAUGCAGGGCUUUAUGGCAGCUGUAAUAUUUUCCAAAAUGACCAAACCCAGAGUGCGGUCGCAAACGUUGAUGUUUUCAAAAAAUGCCACAAUUUCGCCGCGAAACGGAAAAUUAUGUUUGAUGUUUCGAGUUGGCGACAUUCGUCCGCGAUACAUAAAUCAAACAAAAGUGCGACUGUUCCUGAUAAAGUCGAUGAAAACUAGAGAGGAAGAAACCCUUCCCCAUACGCAGACCGAAUUGAAGACGCACAUGGAUGGUUGUUCUAGAAGCAUUUUCUUCAAUUGGCCCAUUGUUAUGUACCAUAUACUCGAUCAGAAUUCUCCCCUGUACUAUUUGGCACCCAGUGAUUUAUGCCAGCAAAGGUUUGAAAUUAUGGUGAUAAUAGAAGGAACAGAUGAAAACAUCGGCCAGGUCACUCAAGCAAAGUCCAGUUAUAUGCCCAAGGAAAUCCUAUGGGGUUACAGGUUUGAAAACCUAAUAAAAUUCGAUGAGCUACGUGAGGAAUACGAGAUAGAUUUUUCGAAAUUCCACGACGUUACGCCGGUAAACACUCCGUUAUGUUCGCCUGUUUAUUACGAACAGUACGCGAAAAUGCAGAAAAAUAUACUCAAUGCUUCUCCAUGCUUUACUCUCGACUUUACACCCAGGCACAGUUUAGGCGAAAUACCCACAUUUCAGAUUUCCCGCAUACAGACUGCACAAUGUAAAAUCUAAAUGUAAAAAAUAUAGCGACUUUUAUUCGA